AAUAUUAUUAUUUCCAACUCUUAACAAAGAAAGCAUUCAAAACAAAUUUGCAAGACAACGAUGCUGCCUGCAAUGGUGCUUCAUUCAGUUAGAAACAAUUUACUGUGGGAUCAAGUUGAAGCAUAAAGAACUAAUUAAUGUUUAUCUUCCACUACAUAUCUAUCUAUGUAUGCCUGCGCUCAUCAAAGCCUACCAAGAAACCAUGGAUAUGGCUAACGUCAGUGGCCGUUGUGGUCGUGGCGGAGGUGGGUGGCGAGAGAUGAGGAGCUUCAUCUCACGCCUACUCACCUGCCGGUGGUUCAUGGUCUUUGCCUCAAUCCUGAUCAUGUCCGUCAACGGCGCCACCUACAUGUUCGGCCUCUACUCCGGCCACAUCAAAUCCUCCCUCGGCUAUGACCAAACCACCCUCAACCUAGUCAGCUUCUUCAAGGACUUGGGCGGCAACCUCGGCCUCAUCUCCGGCCUCAUCAAUGAAAUCACCCCGCCUUGGGUGGUCCUCCUCAUUGGCGCCGCCAUGAACUUCUCCGGCUACUUCCUCAUCUGGCUUGCCGUCUCCGGACGCGUCGCCAAGCCCCACGUCUGGCAAAUCUGCCUCUACAUCUGGGUCGGCGCCGAUUCUCAGGCCUUCGCCAACACCGGCUCUCUCAUAACCUGCGUUAAAAGUUUUCCGGCGAGCCGAGGCAUUGUUCUUGGCCUCCUGAAGGGCUUUGUUGGGCUGAGCGGCGCUAUAAUGACGCAAAUUUACCAUGCCUUGCAUGGAAACAAUUCUGAAUCCCUUAUAUUAUUAAUCGGUUGGCUUCCGGCGGCAGUUUCAGUUCUCUGUCUUCCGGCGAUUCGAGUCUUCGAGGCAAAUCGGCGGGGGGUUAAUGAGCUGAAGAUUUUCUACAAUCUUCUGUACAUAUCUCUUUGCCUGGCUGGUUUUCUCAUGGCUGUGAUCAUAGUUCAAAACAGGCUCAGUUUUUCCAGGGUUGAGUACAUUGGAAGUGCUUCAAUUGUGCUUCUUCUUCUGUUUUCUCCACUCUUUGUGAUUGUCAAAGAAGAGAUCAAUACAUGGAAGAAUGAUCCUGCAAAGCUCAAUAUUUUCUCUGAAAAUCCACCGACGGCGCGGCCGCCUCCCGGAAGUCCACAAAGGCCGGCUUAUUGCAUAAACGGCGUGUUCAAGCCGCCGGAAAGAGGCGAAGACUACACUAUAUUGCAAGCACUUUUCAGCGUCGACAUGGUGAUACUCUUCGUAGCAACCUCCUGUGGCAUAGGCGGCACGUUGACUGCGAUCGACAACCUGGGUCAGAUCGGAAAAUCCCUCGGCUACCCGGAAACCGCCAUCUCUACCUUCAUCUCCCUCAUAAGCAUAUGGAACUAUCUCGGAAGAGUGGCCGCCGGCUUCGCCUCUGAAAUCUUCUUGGAAAAGUACAGGCUCCCUCGCCCUCUCCUUCUCACAGCAGUGCUGCUCCUCUCCUGUUCCGGCCACCUCCUCAUCGCCUUCGCCAUUCCAAAUUCACUCUACUUUGCCUCGGUGAUCAUAGGCUUCUGCUUCGGAGCUCAAUGGCCGUUGUUGUUCGCCAUAAUCUCGGACAUAUUUGGGCUUAAAUACUACUCCACACUGUACCAAUUUGGGGCAGUGGCGAGCCCAGUUGGAGCUUAUCUUCUCAACGUGAAAGUAGCCGGCCAGCUCUAUGAUAGGCAAGCUCUGAAGCAAAUGGAGGCCACGGGGAAGGAGAGGCGAGCCGGCGAGGACUUGGUUUGUGCGGGGGGCGAGUGUUACAAGCUGGCCUUUGUGAUUGUCACCGCGGCGGCAUUGUUUGGGUGCGUUGUUUCGGCCCUUUUGGUGCUUAGAACAAGAGAGUUUUACAAGGGUGAUAUAUACAAGAAAUAUAGAGAGCAGUCUCAGGCUCAGUCUCAGUUUGAUGGGCCGACCGGUUGAACCAAAGGAUUUGGAAUCGUCCGUAUUGUCAACAGUUCAGCUGGCGGCUGCAUGCAAUCGAUGAACUGCCUCC